CUUUUGCAGCACCGGAGGCUAGUGGGAGUGAAGUAGGAGAGAAAAGGCUUCCGCUGCUUUAAGGGAUUUCAGAGGAAUCAAAACUAACCGGAAUCAGAUUUUAGGGGUUGUACGAAGAACUCGGCAUCUGGUUUUCUUAGUUGGAGUGAAAGAGAUGUCUUCGAGGCCUGAGUUACAAGCUCCUCCGGAGAUAUUCUAUGACGAUGCCGAGGCUCGGAAGUAUACUUCUUCAUCUCGGAUAAUCGAAAUUCAGUCAAAGCUUUCAGAGAGAGCACUGGAGCUGCUUGCUUUGCCGGAUGAUGGAGUGCCCAGACUGCUGCUUGAUAUAGGUUGUGGAUCGGGUCUUAGUGGAGAAACACUAUCUGAAAACGGUCACCGAUGGAUUGGCCUGGAUAUAUCACAAUCAAUGCUUAAUAUUGCAUUGGAAAGGGAAGUUGAGGGUGAUCUUAUGCUUAGUGAUAUGGGUCAGGGCUUAGGAUUCAGACCUGGAGUUAUUGAUGGUGCUAUUAGUAUCUCGGCAGUUCAGUGGUUAUGCAAUGCUGACAAAUCCUCUCACAAUCCAAGAUUGAGAUUGAAGGCUUUCUUUGGAUCAUUAUAUAGAUGUUUAGCAAGGGGAGCAAGAGCAGUGUUGCAAGUAUAUCCUGAAAACUUAGCACAGCGUGAGUUGAUCCUAGGUUUUGCUAUGCGUGCUGGAUUUGCAGGUGGCGUGGUGGUUGAUUAUCCCCACAGUUCUAAGAGCAGGAAGGAAUACCUUGUCCUCACUUGUGGUCCACCAUCCCUAAGCACGGCCCUUCCCAGCGGGAAAGGUGAAGAUGGAGAGACUUGUUCUGAUGAUGAUAGUGGAGAUGAGGAUAAUCAGACGGUCUGCAUUUCAGAUAGGCAUCGCCCCAGGAAGAAACUGAAGACAACAAAGAAGGUUAAGGGAAGAGAAUGGGUUAUCAAGAAAAAGGAACAGAUGAGAAGAAAAGGGAACAUGGUACCUCCUGACACAAAAUACACAGCCCGCAAAAGGAAAGCUCGGUUUUGAUCAGUUCAUUUUUCAUCUGUAUUUAAAGCUUGGGUUUGAUCAGUUUUGAGGGGUAAAUCUAGAUUUAGAAGCUUGUAAGCUUUAAGAUGUUUACGGUAGUGGUGCUUUUGGAGGAUUUCUGAAAUUUAGCAGCAAAAGAAAAGCAAAUUUUGUUCCAUCUCAAUUGUCCUAUUUGUUUGCCUUAUAUUUCCGAAUUGCAUGAAAUGGUACACUUUUUUUUUUUUUGAAUGGAAUGAAAUGGUACAUUUUUGUAAACUAGAAACAAGUGUUGCCUACUUUAUUUAGGCCCUGUCUUGCAUUCUGAUUCAGUGAAAUGAAUUUUAGACAAA